UCCACUAUCCACUCUCCUCACACAUUUCUUCUUUAACAAAAAAUAAAAUAAAAUGGCAGAGUCAUCACCUAUACGUUUGGGCAUAUUAGGCUGCGCUAACAUAGCUCGCAAAGUAUCACGCGCCAUCACACUCGCUCCAAACGCUAUUAUCUGCGCAAUCGGUAGCCGUUCGAUCGAAAAAGCAACAGCUUAUGCUAAAGAAAACAAUUAUCCAUCAACGACGAAGAUUUACGGGAGUUAUGAGGCCGUUUUGGAUGACCCUGAAGUUGAUGCUGUUUACGUUCCACUUCCAACAAGCUUGCAUUUAAAGUGGGCUGUAUUGGCGGCCCAAAAGAAGAAACAUGUUUUGCUGGAAAAGCCCGUUGCGCUAAACGUGAAGGAGCUGGAUAUGAUACUGGAGGAGUGUGAAUUGAAUGGGGUGCAGUAUAUGGAUGCUACUAUGUGGAUGCAUCAUCCUCGUACUGUUAAGAUGAAGGAGUUUCUCGCUGAUUCUCAGCGUUUCGGUCAACUCAAAUCGGUGCACAGCACAUUUGCUUAUCUUGGUGACACAGAGUUUCUUAAGAAUGACAUUCGUGUAAAGCCUGAUCUUGAUGCUCUAGGUGCUCUAGGUGAUGCUGGUUGGUACAGUAUUCGUGCAAUCUUGUGGACUACUGAUUACGAAUUGCCCAGAACAGUGACAGCUCUGCGUGAUCCAGAAUUUAAUGAAGCUGGAGUUAUCCUAUCUUGUGGCGCUUCUUUGAGUUGGGAAGAUGGAAAGGUGGCAACUUUCUAUUGUUCGUUUUUAACCAAUUUGGCCAUGGAUAUCAUUGCUAGUGGAUCCAAAGGACACUUUCGGGUCCAUGACUUCGUAAUUCCGUUUCAAGAAAAUGUUGCUCCAUUUUAUACGGUGGAAGGUUCAAGGUUUGGUGAACUUUCUACAUCGAUUCAUCCUGAACCAACUGAGCAAAAAGUCGGCACAGAUCUUCCUCAAGAGGCUCUCAUGGUAAAGGAGUUCUCUAACCUGGUUGCAAGUAUCAAAGGGGGAGGCUCUAAACCAGAGAAGAAGUGGCCAACAAUUAGUAGAAAGACACAACUUGUGGUUGAUGCUGUCAAGGCAUCAAUUGACAAGGGUUUUCAGCCUGUUGAGGUUGCCUAUUAGCUUGUCUGUUAUUAUGUUCUCUACGAAAUAGAAUGCUACGUUGUUGUAUGUUGUUGUAUCUGAAUGCUGUAUUAGUGUUUUGGCUGUUGUAUUUCUGAAUAAAGGCGAUGUUGGCUUCUUCCAAUAUUGUAAUCUCAGUUUGUUGACAGUGUAUCAAACUUGUAUCGAGUCUUUAGAAUGGUUGCUAUUUACUAGUAAUAUGCACCACACAAGACUUGGAAAAAAUAUAAUCUAGUGGUGAAGACCUUAUCCAACUUGUACUCUUCUUUGCGUUCAAUUUGGAUAAUUUACUAAUUCUGUAGUUUGAUCUCGA